UGUAGCUGUUUAAAAAAGUUAUCUUUGAGAACAGAGUAGAAUAACAGCAGGGCAGGGACUCUGUGAACAUCACAAAUUUCUCACAAACUGAGCAAACUUUGCAAUGAAGAAGCAGGAACUUUUUAUUUUCAUUGUCGUAAAUCUGGGAAUUUGCACUGCUAGACUAGCACUUCCAGGUAAGACAUCUAAAUUACAUUUUGACGAGAUUUAUAACUCCAUAUAUCUUCAUAAUGACAAAAAAUAACAAACACAUCCUACAUUUAAAACGUCUCCAUAAUAAUAAAGUGUAGGUUCUGCUAUUUUGCAUGUAAUAUACAAAAAUAAUGAAUAAAAAUAAAUUUUUGUUUCUUUAAAAACAUAUAUGUCAGGUAAAGACAAUGUUUUAAAUGGCAUGUUAUGAAUGUAUUUUAAUUUUUCAUUAAUCUUUCUGUAUAUUAAUUACUGAACACAGAUAAGCAUUUUAACACUUUUAUACAAUAUAUUACAAAUACAAUAGUUAUACUAAUUAUUUUCCUACCCUAUACCUACGAUUACAUAAAGACAUAUUCUAGUCACCAAUUUAAUGGUGUGAUUGAAUGGCAGGAUUGGGAAUCAUGAGAUGGUUAGAUUUAGAAUUGCUGCUUAAAGGGACUCACUAGUGCCAGGAAAAAAAAUCCUUUUUCCUGGCACUGAGGGACUCUGCAGUGCCCCCUCCCUCCCACCUGCCACCCAUGUUGCUAAAGGGGUUUAAACACCUUCAGUGCAAUGUCCCUUGGCACUAGGUCAGGCUGUGCCCACGCUCCUCCCAAUGCUUUCCUAUGGAGAUUCCGGCGAUGCUGGAGGUCCUCAUGCAUAAUGUGAGUACGUCCAGCGUAUUUUAAAACACUUUUAGAGUUUUAAGAACACGGAAGUCCCUCUAUUGGCUGUCUGAUAGAAAGGCACUACAGGAGGACUUAACCCUGUAGUGAAAACUGCAAUAAUUACACUUGCAGGAUUAAGGAUGAUGGGAGUUGGCACCCAGACAACUCCAAUGGGCAGAAAUGGUCUGGGUGCUGGAGUGUAAAUAUUUGAGCAUAUUCCCUUGAUUAAUCCUCCCUCAAGCAGUCACAUGCAGGGCCGGCCUUAGGGGUGUGCGAGCUGUUCAGCCGCACAGGGUGCCAUGGAGCAGGGGACGCCCUGUGCGGCCGACACAGCUCACACAUGGCCUGCCGGGAUUUUAAAAAAAAAAAAUGCGGUGGGGCGGAGCGAAACUGACUGCGGGGACGGAGCUAAAAGUGCCAGAUUUGUCAUCACAACUAUCACAUACACAGACAACACAAACAUUACUUUAUACAUGGAUGAUGGGGGGAGAGGGGGUGCUGUGAAGAUUUUUCGCACAGGACGCCUAAAGGCCUAAGGCCGGCCCUGGUCACAUGGGCUAUUGGGUGAUAGAAAAAGACAAUAGUAUACACCUAUAUUUGGCAGGGGCCAGGAUUUGCUGAUGCUGUGCUCUCCCUGUGCUGCUUCCAAGAUGGCUUCGCAGAAGUCAUCAUGGUGUUUGUAGCAACCCCUUAAAGGACCACUCUAGGCACCCAGACCACUUCAGCUUAAUGAAGUGGUCUGGGUGCCAGGUCCCUCUAGGAUUAAUGCUUUUUUUUUUAUAAACAUAGCAGUUUCAGAGAAACUGCUAUGUUUAUAAAUGGUUUAAUCCAGCCUCUAAAGCCUCUAGUGGCUGUCUCAUUGACAGCCGCUAGAGGCGUUUGCGUGCUUCUCACUGUGAAAAUCACAGUGAGAAGACGCCAGCGUCCAUAGGAAAGCAUUGUAAAUGCUUUCCUAUGAGACUGGCUGAAUGCGCGCGCAGCUCCUGCCGCACAUGCGCAUUCAGCCGAAGGGGAGGAGAGGAGGCGGAGAGGAGGAGGAGAGCUACCCGCCCGGCGCUGGAAAAAAGGUAAGUUUAACCCUUUCCUCGCCAUCCAGCCCGGCGGGAGUGGGACCCUGAGGGUGGGGGCACCCUCAGGGCACUAUAGUGCCAGGAAAACGAGUAUGUUUUCCUGGCACUAUAGUGGUCCUUUAAGUCUUUUUCCUCAAACUGUUAUUCAAUAAAACCUUUCAGCAUUGCACAUCUAACUGACAAUGUUUUCCAAAACUAACAUUAUCAAGUUCACCUUAUUUUCUUUCAAAUAUCAAGGUUUUGUAUCCAGGUAAACCCAGCCCAGACUGAUCUAUACUUUAUAAAUAUGCUCAAUCGUGUUACAUAAUGGCUCCAUUGUCCUGUCUUUCACUUAGUGAAUAAACAAAAUAUGAUGUUGAAAUAUAUCAUGAAUUAUUGUAACACUUUAACAACAAAAGGGUUACAACAUGUCUUUAUUUUCAGCAGACUGUGCAAAUAGUCUGUUUACAUGUCUGUAGGUGUUUACAAAUUAAACUGCAUAUUUUUGUCCAAGGACACUUUGUUGGCAAGUACACAUACAUGUGCACAGGCGCACACAGACAGAUGCAAUCAAAGAGAUAGUCACACACAGAUCCACAUGCAUCCUGACACACACUAUAACACAUACAAAUGCACAGAUAUAGAGUGACAAAUUGACACAGAAAUAAAGAAAGAAAAUCUAUUCCAGCAACAUUCUUGUAGGCUCUGGGAUGGCUACACUGGCUGCACCAUGACUAUUUUAUUCCUCAUCUUUUCUGUGAUAGGAACCCAAAACAAGCCUGGGACACUUUGGGACUAUAUCAUUGGGCUGAGGCACAGUUGAAUAAUAGUUUAUUUCCCAGGCACGCCUGCUUCAGUUUUCGUUUUAAAGGGACACUCCAGGCAGCUUAACAAGUUAAGCUUAAAUUAAAGCUAAAAUACCUGUGGUUAGUUUAUUUUCUUUUAAUUCCAUGUAGUUUUCCCAAAGUGCUGUAAAAUAUGUUGCUGGUAUCAGCAGUGUACCCCAGUCUCCUUAGCCACUAUCUUAAAUUUCAACUUCAUUUGAACUUCCAUUACAUACAGGAAGCUCCUUCAGGGUCUAACAAGCUAUUGACAGAGCAGGAUAUAAGAAAUGUUAAACAGAAUUUGCAGUAAAGGAGGUGUAAACAUUAGAUGGCUCUUUACAGGAAGUGUUUAGAAAGGCUGUGCAAGUCACAUGCAAACAGGUGUGACUAGGACUGCAAAGUGAUGGAGCUCCGAAAUGUCCGAUAAUUGAGCAGUGAAACUGUAUGGGCAUGAUCUAUACACCAAAACUGCUUCAUUAAGCUCAAGUUGUUUUGUAACUAUAGUGUCCUUUUAAAAUCAUCAAUAACUUAUAAUGGUCAUGUGUAUUUAAGUCCUUAAUAUAAAUAGAUGCAUACUUUUUGGCAAAUUUACUUAUUAAUGCUGGCUGAUGACGCUGACAGAGGCGGAGUUGAACCUCUGGCAGCAAUGUGCUUUCACUUUGCUUUAACCUAAGGGGUUAACUUUGUAUGUACAGCUUUUUAAAUGUUCAAAAAAUAUCAUUAAUAUUACAUUGUAAUUAUUACACCACUAGCUUGUCAUUCAUGUGUAGAAAUUGCUAAAUCAUAUUUAAUUUCAUUAAAACAAACUAGUUGCUGAUGUUUUGGGAUACCCCAGACUGUAUGUACCCUCUCCUAAUGCAUAAUUGAGAAAAGGCUUUCUAGGUGAAUUAACUGUAUUUUGGGGAACAAAAAAAAUCUAUUAGAAUAUAAAUAGAAUGAUUUGUGUUCUUGUCAGAUGCAUUCUGACCUAAUUUUGCAUGUAGCAUUCCUUUAAUUUCAGUUGGAUAUUAUACAUUUCAUAACUCAAGGCAGCUCAAUGAGAAGUUGCAAGGCAGGUGUUCUGAGCAAUUGCCUUCCUCUAAAAUUUAGCUACACUGAACUAACCAAACAAGAAGGUAACAGGACUAGUUGUUUGAUUGAAAGCCAGAGGGGGUAUAACAAGGCACCCAGACUAUUUCAGCUCCUUGAAGUGAUCUGGGUGCAGUGUCUCUGCCCCCCUUAACCCUGGAAAGGUAAUUUAUUGCAGUUGUUUAUAAACUGCAAUAAUUACCUUUCAGGGUUAACUCCUCCUCUAGUGGCUGUCUACCAGAUCAUUAGGCAACUUUUGGUCACCUAACUGAUGCUGGACGUCCUCACGCUAUGCAUGAGGACUUCCAGCGUCACUGGAUAAGAGUGUGGCAAUUGCCGCGCAUGCACAUUUGGUCUCCCCACCGGCUGACCUCAGCAGACACGAGCCAGUGCCAUCACUGGACCCAGGAAAAUGACUGAAGGGGUUUUUAAACCCUUCUGCACCGUGUGGUGGGAGGUGGGCACUAUAGGGAGCUAUAGUGCCAGGAAAAUGUAUUUAUUUUUCUGGCACUAUUGUUUCCCUUUAAUCUAUAAAAGUGUAAAUUUCUACUUAAAUCUGCACUUUUUGUAAAAUGAAAAGAGAACAUACUUCAUACAAGCUGAAGUGCUUUAGGGGUCUGGGGUCUCCCUCUAAAGGUCUAGCUUUUUAGUAAAAAUCCCCAGAUUUUAGAUCAUCUGCCUGCAAGAACUUGGCCAGUCAAAAGCCCCUUGUUUUGGUCUAUAAACAGCUGGACAAGUUUAACCCCUUAAGGACUGGACUGUUUUUGCGAUGUUGUACAUUUGCGACCAGGCAUAUUUUUACACUUUUGUGGUGUUUGUGUUUGGCUGUAAUUUUCCGCUUUCUCAUUUACUGUUCCCAUACAAAUUAUAUAUUGUUUUUUUCAGGACAAAAGGGGCUUUCUUUACAUACCAUUAUUUAUAUAAUCUCAUGUAUUUUAAUUUUAAAAAAAUACAAAAAUCUGAUGAAAAAUUGAAAAAAAUACAUGUUUUUUGACUUUUACUUGAAAAAUCUUUUACUCAUCUACAAAAGCGAAUGAAAAAAACUGCUAAAUAGAUUCAAAAUUUUGUCCUGAGUUUAAAAAUACCUAGUGUUUACAUGCUUUUUUGCUUUUUUUUGCAUGUUAUAGGGCUAUAGGUACAAGUAGGAUAUUGCGGUUUCAAAACAUACAUUUUUAAAAUUUAUCAAUAGUGACAUUGUAACACUAUUAUCUGUCAUAAAUCUCUGAAUAACAUCCCACAUGUACAUAUUUUUUUUAAAGUAGACAACCCAGGGUAUUCAAUAUGGGGUAUGUCCAGUCUUUUUUAGUAGCCACUUAGUCGAAAACACUGGCCAAAGUAAGCAUUCAUAUUUGUUUGUGUGUGAAAAAAGUAAAAAAACUAAAUUGAACGCUAAUUUUGGCCAGUGUUUGUGACCAAGUGGUUACUAAAAAAGACUGGACAUACCCCAUUUGCAAUACCUUGGGUUGUCUUCUUUUGCAAAUGGUAUGCCAUCAUGGGGGUAAUUCUCAUUCCUGGGCUACCAUACGCUCUCAAAGGCAACGUAACCAACCUGGCCAUUUUCAAUGUAAAAUAUUUGACCCAUAUAUUUGACCUUGUAACUUUCAAAAAUGCUAUAAAACCUGUACAUGGGGGGUACUGUUUUACUCGGGAGACAUCGCUGAACACAAAUAUUAGUGUUUAAAAACUGGAAAACGUAUCACAACAAUUAUAUCAUCAGUAAAAGUGCUGUUUGUGUGUGAAAAAUGCAAAAAAAGUAACUUUCACUGACAAUAUCAUCACUGUGAUAUGUUUUACUGUUUUGAAUCACUAAUAUUUGUGUUCAGCGAAGUCUCCCGAGUAAAACAGUACCCCCCAUGUACAGGUUUUAGGGUGUCGUAGAACGUUACAGGGUAAAAUACAGUGCUAGCAAAUUAAAUUCUCUGGAAUUUCGGCCUGGGUUGGCAGGCAGGUCCCUCAAAUUGCAAUCAAUAAAAUUACUGAACUAUGUAAAAAUAUUACAUAAAUACGCACGUAGAAUUUAAAUAUAUAUGCAUAUUUAUAUAUUUGAAGUCUACGUGUAUAUUUAUAUAAUUAUUUAUGUAAUUUUGUAUAUGGACAUAUGAAUAUUUCUUAUUAUUUUUAUUUAUUUUUAUAUACAUAGAUAUAUAUACAAAUUCAUUCUAAGUGUAUUUUGAUAUAAAUAUAUAUAUAUUAAUUUUAAAAUACAGUUAGAAUAAAAUUUCAUAUAGCUAUAUAAUUUUUUUUAAAUUUUUAUUAUUAUUUAAAAAAAAUUUUAUUUAAUUUAAAUUACUUAUUAUUUAUAUUUUAUAAUAAUAUAUAUAUACAAUAUAUAUAGUUAUUAUAUAUAUUAUAUAUAUAUGUGUAAUUUAAUUAUAAGUGUAUUUUUAUAUUAAUAUAAGUACAUAUUAAUAUAAAAAUACACUUAGUAUGGCAUUAUAUAUAUGAUAUAUAGACAUAUAUUAUAUAGAUAUAAUAUAUGUCUAUAUAUCAUAUAUACACAUAUAUAAUUUUUUUUUUUUUUUAUUAACACUAACUUUAUUUUUUUAAUUGAUUUUACACUAGCAGGGAGACUGCCUGUCAGCACAGACAGUCCCCCUGCAGGCAGACACAUGGACACCUAUUGUGACCAUGUGAUCGCUGUGUUAAGAGAUCACAUGGCCAUAGGGGUCCUAAUCUGCCGUGGGGAGACUGUCUGGGCUGCAGGCAGUCUCCCCACAACCGGAGCCACGCUGAUCGCCGCCGGGGGAACGACGGCGAUCAGGUAAGUAGCUCUGACCGUUAGGACGGUUCAGCACCGUCAUCGGUCCUCAAGGCAAAAAUGCUGAUGACGGUCCUGAACCGUCCUCGGUCCUUAAGGGGUUAAACUAGGACUGAAAAUGCAUAUUUAUUUAAUUCUUAAUUUAAGAGUUCUUAUACGUUAUUCUAAUCCAAAAUUAUAACAAUUUCUCCUAUUUAUCAAACACAAUCGGCAACACUCUACUGGAUGGAUACAGACUUACAAUAGUUGUUCAUCUUACUGCCUUUGCCAAGAUUAGAAAUGGGAAAAUCUCUCAGCAACACACAAAGAUAGCAUGCACUCAUUUCUUAGUCAUCAAUAUAUCUGUUAAUCCCAAACUACUUGUGUGUCUGCUCUGUGAGGUGAGAGGACGACUAGUGGUUUCCCUUCUGAACAAAUUGUCAGUUCUGCUGAGAACAGAGGUUUCAAUUAUGUGCAGUUAAGGUAUAAGUAUUCUAUUAUGAAAAUUGCAAGCUGAACUAGGGAAUCCCAUCACAGAAAGAUUAAAGGAACACUAUAGUGUCAGGAAUAGAAAUGUGUAUUCCUGACACUAUAGUUUUUAAAUUGCCAUUUAGAUAACUGGCCCCCUUCUUCUUAGUUUAAAAAGGUGUAAAAAGCACCUUUUAUUUUAAGCGUCUGGUCACUUCUGACCCCGCCCCUGCUCUGCUUCUUUGGCUGAGAUCAUCAUAUUUGAUGAUCUCAGCCAAUCCAAAGCUUUCCCAUACUAAAGUAUUGGGAGGCUAUUGUGCAUGCCUGGUAAUACACUGCAUUGUUCCAAUCCGCAUGUCCUCAUACAGAUGCAAUAAAUCAAUGCAUCUCUAUGAGAAAUGUUCAGCACCUCCAUGCAGGGUGUGGAGUCGCUGGGCACUGACCCAGGAAGAACCUCUAGUGGUCAUCUGAGUAACUGUUACUAGAGGUGUUCCCAGGCAGGAAUGUAAACACUGCCUUUUAUCUGAAGGAAAGGGAGGGGCCAGCUGCGGUGAGAGAGACAAUGUGAGUAAACUACUUUUUUAGCUCCAACCUGAAGUAAGGCAGUCCCCUAAACAGCCACUCCAGGACUAUAGUAUUUGGAAUGCAUGUUUGUAUUCCUGACACUAUAAUGUUCCUUUAACCCUUUCUAGCUAGAAGUUAGUUGUUUGUAUUAGAAAUGGCAAUAUCUGCCUGCAAAUUUUGGUUUGACUGAAUUGUGUAAAUUCAGUCAAAUGGAUUUUGCAGGUGCUAGUUCUGCUGAAUUAUUAUAGAUUAUAAGCGUUUGGUUGUGUUUUUGUAUAAUUUGCAUUUCUACUAUACAAAUGCAUUUGAACCAGCUGAAAUUCAGUCUACAUUUAGUUUAAGGUGUUUGAGUCAUUAUUGUGAAAUUCAGACAUUGCUAAAUUUUGUAAUCAAAUCCAGAUUUUUUUACCUGAAUGCACCCAUAUGGUACAUAGUUAUUUUAUGGAUUGGGGGCGUUCGGUCUCUCUCUUAUAUAUAAGAGAGAGAAUCCAAAAGUACAGCUCAUUAUAUAUUGAACCAUUGUGCUGGUGCCUAGAGUAUCCCAUUAAUAUAUUAAGACUCGUCUCUGUCUGGUUUCCUUUGUCCUAGAUUGGAAAUGCUAUAUAACUACACGAGAUACCAUUCAGUAUUGGCCUUUCAAAAAGGAUUACAAAGUCGAUGAUGUUGUGGAAUCUGUUUGCAUGGAAGGAUACAAGAUGAAUGGUUUUAAAUUAAGCCAAUGUUAUUCAUAUGGAUGGGAUCCUCCACUGCCCACUUGUGAAGGUAAUUAAAAAAAAUUUAAACUGUUAUUUUUUUUUAGAUUUCUCAAUCAGCGCCAUGCAAAUGUUGUUAUCCCAUUAGAAUCUCCAUCUUGCAAAAUACUCAAGGUUAUCAGUUAAAAUGAAAAAUGCUGGGAAUCCAUAGUGAAUUGUGCAUUGUAGGCUAAAUUAGCCAGGUUAAAAACGUAACUGCCUUAAAGAUAUUUUCAGUUCAGCUGAUUUGGCCUAAAACUCGAAAUUCACUUUGAAUUCAAUACACGUCACACUUUAGCAAAUAACCUUAUAAGGUGAAAGCUACAGAUUUGAGAAAAAUACCAAACUUGUCCAGUGGCGUGCAUAUCAGAUGUCAACAAAUGACAAAGCACAGAGAAUUAUAGCUCAAUGACUGCAUAUGUGUAGUAUUAAAGAAAAGGAUAUAUAUUUUUUUAAUAAUAUAAUUGCAUUCAUUUUCUUUUUAAUUCAUGUCUACUGAAAUUUUCAAAGGCUUUACUUACCUACUUUUUUUUCCAAGUCAUUUUCUUGCACCCAUGACCACAUACUAUGUUAUCUGACCCAAUGCUCACUAUAUUACCCUGGGUUCAGGACCAAUGUGGCCUACUGGGAAAUUUCAGUGUCCUGCAUACCAUCAGGACGGCUGUAUCCAAAAGACAGCACAGACUGCCAUCUGGGUGAACAGGCUGUGGGGCGCAAACAAUCAGAUGACCGGCAGGAGGGGAGUUCACAACACUACCCUACCAGCCAGUCACAAUUUGAGAAAGACCCCUUGAGGGUCGAAUCGUCAAUUUCAUGCAGAUGUAAUUUUACAUAUUUCUAAUUAAAACCACAUAUCCACUUUGAAGUCCUGUAAGUGCACCCCUUUUUUCUAAUCAUGUACAUUUUGACGCAGGUCAACACCCAGGCACCAAACUAUUUUCUGUAUCCAUGAGUAAGGAGAGUGCCGAUCUUUUCUGUGUGUGUGUGUAGAUUGGAUUAGUCGUACUUGUCCAGUAGACAAGAUGCCAGAAUACCAUAAUAUUUUAAAGACAAGCUUUCAAGAGUUUUCCUCUCUUCCUCAGGUCUGAAGCAAUACUGAUCAAUCUGAUUUAGUUUAACACUCAAAACAUGUGAUGAUAGAGAAGGUGAUGGGGGGGGCAUAAAUUGCAGAAAAUGUGCAUGAAAGUGAAAGGUGCAGGUUGGCUGAGAAUAGCCAGAAUAAGUAAAUAAACAGAGCAGAGUCAAUAAGCCAGUUGAAAAGAAAAAGGAGAAAAAAAUAAGAAAGAAAAUAGCAGAGCAGGACAUGCAAGUAUAGCUGCAUAUAUGUAUGUAUAUAAAAUGAUCCAUUAAAGGUUAAGCAAGAAUUCUGAAAAAGAACUAUAUAAGACAUUAAGAUGUGUGUUUAUAUAAAGUUUUGUUAGUGUGUAGGCAUGUGCAUGGGGAAAAUUUUCGGUUCGGUUCGGCAUUCCACAAUUCGGGACUUCGGCACUUCUCUUGCAGCCGCUUAGUAGAUAACUCCCUAAUUCACACGGUAUUAGGGCGUUAUCUACCAAAAGGCUGAAAUACCUAAAUUGUUAUUUCAGCCAAAUUUACUUCAGUAAAUUUUGCCCCUACUCGCUAUACCGUGAGUAGAGGCAUGUCUAUUAAACAGUGAGCAGCCUGCUCACUGUUAAAAAAAAAUAAAAAAAAAUACUGUCCCCCCUCCCGAGCCCCCACCCGCGACAUGAGAUUGGGGUUUUUUAAACUAAAGGGGGGACCUAUUGCCCCCCGCCCUAAAGUAAAAUGAUGGGGGGGACCUAUUGUCCUCCCUCCAAGCCCUCACCCCUGAGUGGUGGGUGGGGGCCCUAAAUACUAAUAAGCGGGCGGGACCUAAUGUCCUCUCCCUUGGCCCCCACCCAUGAGCGGUGGGUGAGGGCCCUAAAUUGGAAUAAGGGGGGGACCUAAUGUCCUUCCUCCCUGGCCCCCACCCAUGAGCGGUGGGUGAGGGCCCUAAAUUGGAAUAAGGGGGGGACCUAAUGUCCUCCCCCCCUGGCCACCACCCCUGAGCGGCGGGUGGGGGCCCUAAAUACUAAUAAGGGUGGGGGACCUAAUGUUCUCCCCCCUGGCCCCCACCCCUGAGCGUUAGGUGGGGGGCACUAAAUACUAAUAAGGGGGGGUGGGACGAGCGCAAAAAAAAAUCCAUCUUCACCCGGCGAGGGCUCCGCGCAGACUGAGCUCUGCAGGGCGGGAGAAGGCUUAUAAAGCCUUGUCCCGCCCUGCAAUUAGGCUCAAAGCCCUCUGAUACACCAAUACAUGUACAAUGUAUACAAUACAUGUACCUAUCAAUAUACAAAGUACUGUGCGUAGACCUAUGCUUUCCCAUACUCUUAUGCAUGUAUGCUUAUAUAUGACUGUGCAUUUAUGUUUGUGUGUAUGUAUGUGUUCAUGUAUUUAUGUGUAUGCGUAUACACGUAUGUAUAAAGUGUAUGCAUACAUGUAUGUAUAUGUGAAUAGGUACAUUGUACAGUGCUAUGGAAUUUGCUGGCACUAUAUAAUAAAAUAAUAAUAUAAAUAUAUAUAUAUAUAUAUAUAUAUAUAUAUAUAUGGGUCUAUGUAUGCAUAGGCACAUUGGUAUAUUUGUAGGUACAUGUAUUGGUGCUUGUGUGUGGAUGUACGUGUAGGUGUGCAUGUACAUAUAUUUGGGCAUUUGGUUAUAUGUAUAUUGUAUGAACUUGUGUAUAGUAUGUAUGUUCUUGUGUAUACUUGUACAUAUGCACUACUUGUGUAUGUGCAUAUGUGUAUGUGUGUCUGUGUAUGCUGGAUAUAGGCCUUCAUGCAUAUCCUGUAACUCUUGGAUGGGAAUUCAUGCAUUCUUUAUAUUAAUACUCCCCCUUCUAACACCAUUUUCUGCACUAUUUACUUGUUUGUUUUGAUUUCUCUCUCUCCCCCCUCACUCUGUGAUCUUUGCAUUAGAUAUUUACGACCUUCUGCAAGAAUGGUAUCUAUGUUUUAUCAAACCUGUCCUAUCUGCACUCAUGUCGUUUUAACCCUUGUAUCACAACUCAACUUUGAAUUCUAUCUGUCGUAUUGCUCAGAAAUGCUUCAUACUUGAGAAAGGGAGGUUCUCAGAAAAGCUUGUCAUUAAAAAAUUCUAUUAGUCCAAUAAAAAGGUAUUACAAGAUAUGAAUCUUAUCUGUUUUUUACAUCUACAUCACUGAACUAAUACGGCUACAAUUUCUACUUGAACAUAUAUAUAUAUAUAAUUACAUUGUAAAACACAUAUACACACACACCAGUCAAGCCAUAAGACUUGCUUUUCCCACACAAAUCUCACUUUUAACAGUGCUCUCACUACUGCAAGGGAUUCUGGUUAGACGUAUGCAAAUGAACUCAACCUCAUGCUGAUGAGUUGCAUUAACAGCUGUCCAUGAGUGGUUCACUGGCUUUUCUCCUCUCCCGGAGUUGUUUCAAAGCUGUUGUAUACAGCAGACACAUACUCCAAGGAAUCCAUGUAUAAAGUGGAAUUAUGAGGCAAAAAUGUGGUUCUUUGUUGAGCUAAUUUGCAUAUGCCUACCCAGAAUCCCUUGCUUUAGUGAGAGCACUGUUAAAGUUAGAUUUUUGUGGGAAAAGCAAGUCUUAUGGCUUGACUGAUGUGUGUAUUUGUGUUUAGCAAUGUAUUAACUGUCCACUUCAGGGGGAAGGGGUUUUAAUCCAAACUUUUCCCCCACCUCAACUCUCUUGGUAUGUACUAGAUAUAGAUAUAGAGAGAGAACGAGACCAAAUCAUUUAUUUAUAAUCCAAUCCACAUAUUUUGUAACGAAUGAUAUAAAAAAAAAAUUAAGUAACUAGCAUUUGAUAAGCAAAAAUUUGUGCUAAAAAAGAAAGGGACCUAUGUUCCAUACAUGCAAUUAAUUGAAUUUAACAAUUUCUUAUUUCAGAGGAUAAUUCAGAAUCCGCAAGCAAUGGAAUUAGAGGUAUGUCUUAAUAUAGUUUCAAUUUAUUUGUCAUCAUUCAUCUCUUCAUUUCAACAUUGUACAUUGUGUAGCACUUUUAGAACUGCCUUUACCUUGAUCAUUUUUUGGCACUUGUGAAAUGUUAAGAAGUAUAAAAAAAAUUGGAAUUUAAAAAUGUUAUUACAAACUUAAAAUUCAAGUUUAAUCUAUUUGUAAGCCUUUUUAUGCCAAAGGAUGGGUAGGGAGAAAGCUUUGCCUCUCUUCCUGAGUUGUGUUUAAAAGCUGUUGUAUACAGCAAGCAUAAACUCCAAGGAAUCCAUGUUUAAAACUGAAUGAGACAACAAUGUUAUUCUUUGUUGAAUUAAUUUGCAUAUGCCCACCCAAAAUCCCUUGCAUUAGUAACAUUACUGCAAAUGUGAGAUUUCUGUGGGAAAAGCAAAUCUUAUGGCUUGACUGGUGUGGAGAUCUGUGUUUAACCCCUUAAGGACUGGACUGUUUUUGCGAUGUUGUACAUUUGCAACCAGGCCUCUUUUUUAGACUUUUGUGGUGUUUGUUUAGCUGUAAUGUUCCGCUCUCUCAUUUACUGUUCCCAUACAAAUUAUAUAUUGGGUUUUUUUCAGGACAAAAAAGGCUUUCUUUACAUACCAUUAUUUAUAUAAUCUCAUGUAAUUUAAUUUAAUUUUUUUUAUUUUUUUGUGUGCAAGUUAUAGCGCUAUAGGUACAAGUAGGAUAUUGCGGUUACAAAACAAUUUUAUUUCAAAUUUAUCAAUAGUGACAUUGUAACACUAUUAUCUGUCAUAAAUCUCUGAAUAACACUCCACAUGUACAUAUUUUUUUUAAAGUAGACAACCCGGGGUAUGUCCAGUCUUUUUUAGUAGCCACCUAGUCGCAAAUACUGGCCAAAGUUAGCGUUCAUAUUUGUUUGUGUGUGAAGUGUUUGUGACUAAGUGGCUACUAAAAAAGACUGGACAUACCCCAUUUGCAAUACCUUGGGUUGUCUUCUUUUGCAAAUGGUAUGCCAUCAUGAGGGUAAUUCUCAUUCCUGGGCUACCAUACGCUCUCAAAGGCAACGUAAUUAACCUGGCCAUUUUCAAUGUAAAAAUAUUUGACCCUGUAACUUUCAAAAACGCUGUAAAAUCUGUACAUGGGGGUACUGUUAUACUCGGGAGACUUUGCUGAACACAAAUAUUAGUGUUUCAAAACAGGAAAACGUGUCACAGUUAUAUCAUCAGUAAAAGUGUUGUUUGUAUGUGAAAAAUGCGAGGAAAAAAAGUCACUUUCACUGACAAUAUCAUCGCUGUGAUAUGUUUUACUGUUUGAAUCACUAAUAUUUGUGUUCAGCAAAGUCUCCUGAGUAAAACGGUAACCCCCACGUACAGAUUUUAGGGUGUCAUAGAAGGUUACAGGGUAAAAUACAGUGCUAGCAAAUUAAAUUCUCUGGACUUUCGGCCUGGGUUGGCAGGCAGGUCCCUCAAAUUGCAAUCAAUAAAAUUACUUAAUUAUGUAAAAAUAUUACAUAAAUACACACAUAGAAUUUAAAUAUAUAUGCAUAUUUAUAUAUUUGAAGUCUACGUGUAUAUUUAUAUAAUUAUUUAUGUAAUUUUGUAUAAGGACAUGUGUAUAUUUCGAAUUAUUUUUAUUUAUAUAUACAUAGAUAUAUAUACAAUUUCAUUCUAAGUGUAUUUUAAUAUAAAUAUAUAUUUUAAUAUCAAAAUAAAGUUAGAAUAAAAUUUCAUAUAGACAUACAAUUUUUUUAAAUGUUAUUAUUUUUUAAUUUUUUUUAUUUAAUUUACUUAUUAUUUGUAUUUUAUAAUUAUAUAUAUAUAUAUAUAUAUAUAUAUAUAUACAUACAAUAUAUAGUUAUUAUAAGUACAUAUUAAUAUAAAAAUACACUUAGUAUGACUAUAUAUAUAUAUAUACAUAUAUAUAUAUAUAUAUAUACACACACACAUAUAUAGAUACACAUAUAUAAUAAUAAUUAUUAUUUUUUUAUUAACAUUAACUUUUAUUUAUUUUUUGAUUUUACACUAGCAGGGAGACCCCCUGCAGGCAGACACAUGAACACCUAUUGUUACCAUGUGAUCGCUCUGUUAAGCAAUCACAUGGCCCCAGGGGUCCUAAUCCUCCAUGGGGAGACUGUCUCGGCUGCAGGCAGUCUCCCCACAACUGGAGCACUGCCGAUCGCCGCCGGGGGACGGUGAUCGGGUAAGUACAUAAGACUGUUAGGACGGUUCAGGACCGUCACCGGUCGGCAAUGGAAAAAUGCUGAUGACGGUCCUGAACUGUCCUAGGUCGAUAAGGGGUUAAUAAUGUAUUGACUAUCCACUGACUUUAGGUGGAAAGGCUUUUCAAUCACUUUUUUCCACACCAUAACUUUCUUGGUUUGAGCAGAGCAAAUAGCCUCACUAGCAAGCCAGUAACCAACCUCAUGCGGAUGAGUUGUAUUAACAACGAAACAGCUGUCCACGAGUGGUUCCCUGGCUUUGUAUCUCUUCCUGAGUUGUGUUUUAAAUCCGUUGUAUAAAGCAAACAUAAAUUCCAAGAAAUCCAUGUUUAAAAAUGAGCCAAAAUGUGAUUCUUUGUUGAAAUAAUUUAAUAUGCCCACCCAGAAUCCCUUGCAGUAGUAACAUCACUGGAAAUAUGAGCUUUCUAUGUGAAAAGCAAGUCUUAUGGCUUUACUUGUGUCUAGAUCUGUGUUUAACAAUGUAUUGACUAUCCACUGACUAAAGGUGUUUUCAAUUACUUUUUACCCACCAUAUAUAUAUAUAUAUAUAUAUAUACACACAUCCUGAUAUUUUAUUGUUUUGCUUUGUUUGUAUAUUAUUUUCAGAUGGAAUUCAACAUAAUUCAUUUUGUCCACAUCCCCCAAAAAUAAGAAACUCUGAAAAAAUAACUAUUAAAGAAAAUUAUGUUAAUGGAGAUACUGUGGAAAUUAAAUGUUUUCCUAACUUUAAACUACAAGGAACAAACAUUAUACACUGUGAAAAUGGAAUAUGGGCAUCUCCUCCAAAGUGCAUUUGUGAGUAAAGUGCAUGCAUUAGGGAUACAAUAUAUAAUAUAAGAAAAGUACAAGAUAUAAAAAGUGGUGCACAAAACACUUUGUCAAUAUCUUGGUAGUGAAGCUCACAGGUUUGAUGCAGAACAGGGGCAGUCAAGGGCAGAACCUCAGCUGUUGUAGACCUUCAACAUUAAUGGUGUUUUGCCAGCAUUAGUUUUGACAAAGCACAGGCAGUGUAGUUCAACAAAAUUUUGUAUUCUACCUUUGAUCAGUUAUAGUGUAGAACACUGUUCAGUCUCAGUUUUAUAUGUAAAUAUCACUGUCUAGUAAAUCUGUUUGUUCGUUUGUCCUAUUUCUAUAUUGUAAUGUUCACAUUUGUCUUAUAUUGAGGACACGGUCAACCUACUAUCUCUACAAUUCUUAUGCUGAACAUUUCUUCUAUUUUUAAGUCGUGAUGACUCCAGCCUCAAGAAAGUCUACUUGGUGGUUGUUUUUGGAGGAUUUCUAUACUGAGUAAUCCUACUGCCUAAAUCCAAAUCAUAAAUAAAAUAAAAAAUACUGUUUAUUAGAUAUAACCUCAAUUAAAACAUGCAUGCAUUUAAUUAUGCAUUUUUCGUUGUGGCUAGAUAUCUAAAAUCAGCUUUCAAAAGCUACAUCUAAUCUUUAUCAAGUCUGAAGCCUUUGCAGGUCCUCCCCUUCUAACCCAGGCCAGAUUUUCUGUGGCUGUCUAAUCACAGACUUCCCAAUACAGCUCAAUAAUUUACUAUUGUGUUGUGUUAUAUUAUAUGUUAUACAUUGUUAGUAAUGUAUUUUUCUAAAGUUGUUCAAUAAAAAUAAUUUGAAUAGAAGAAGUAUUUGCAAUGCAGCUGCUCUGAGCAAUAGCCUGCUUCUUGAGUUUAGUUGCACUGAGAUAAAGAAAUAUGAACAGGGCCAGGGCGAUGUAAUAAAGUUAAUCAGCAAAAAUGCCAAUUUCUAUUGAAAUCUGCACUUUUUGUAAAAUGAGAAAAGAGGACACACUAUCCACAUAUAAAUUGCUUCAGUAGGCUGAAAUGAUUUAGGGGUCUUGAGUAUACCUUUUAUUUUUGGGGAGAGACAGCUGGCUCCAACAACCAUGCAUUCAAUAUCCAUGUGGUUAUUCCUGACUAAAUAUGUCCCCUGUCUGCGCCCAAUUUCUGAUGUAUCUCCCUAGAAAACAUAGCACCUUUUAUAUACCCCAUACAGAUUUAAAGCACUCACAUUGUACAGCGGCAAAUGUUUUUUCCACAUUCAGUACGGGGGCCAUUUAGACUUUAGUGAAUAGCCCCACAAAAACUGGAGAUCUGAUUCAUGACCUUCAGACAGCACUGGUUAAAAAUUAUGCUAGCUCCUCUUAAUAUUCUUAACAAGAUGGUGUCCAACAUCCAUUAGCAAUACAGUAGCCAAUUAUAAUGAUGUUUGGAAUUCCUGAUGAUUGGAAAAUGUAACUUGUAAUAUGAGUCAUUAUAUUAAAGGGCCACUGUAGUGCCAGGAAAACAUACUCAUUUUCCUGGCACUAUAGUGCCAUGAGGGUGCCCCACCCCUCAGGGUCCCCCUUCCACCGGGAGGUGGAAGGGGUUAAACUUACCUAUUUCUCCAGCGCCGGGCGGGCGACUCUCCUCCUCCUCGGCUGAAUGCGCAUGCGUGGCACGAGCCGCGCGCAUUCAGCCAAUCCAUAGGUUUGCAUUCACAAUGCUUUCCUAUGGACGCUAGCGUCUUCUCACUGUGAAAAUCACAGUCAGAAGCGCCUCUAGCGGCCACUAGAGGCUGGAUUAACCCUAUUAUAAACAUCUUAAACUGCUAUGUUUAUAGAAAAAAAGGGUUAAACUUGAAGUGGUCUGCGUGCCUAUAGUGGUCCUUUAAGAGAUGCUAUUAUUUUGAAUUGGAGGAAUGCAGGUGGGAGUUGUAAACUGUUACUGUUACUGUUUUUGUUAUUUAUAUGCAUCUUCUUUUUACCCUGUUCUGUUUGUAUGGAUUUAUUCUCAUUUAAAGGGGGGGGGGGGGGAAACCUCUGUUGAUUGCCCCAUUCAACCUUUUCUUCUCUCUAUCUAUUCUUUAGCUCUAAAAUCUAAUCUUCCCCUUUCUGUGCUGUGUCCACUUGACUGUUCAUACUCUCUUCACUGUACUUUCUAUAUCUACACCACCAGCGGUGGUGACAUUAUUAUUCUCAGCACUUACUAGAGCUUUAGCUAUUGAGUGUAGCCCAGCUUGAGAUAUGUUCAUUUUUAUCAGUUUCACUGUUAAUUUUCCACAAGCAUGUUUAAUGAUACCUUGCACUCGAGCCUUCAAAUGUGUGCUUUUUUGUUCUAUACUUUAUGAAUUAUCGUUUUUUUAUGCAGAUAGAAGUAUGUAUUCCUUACCAUGAUAUACAUACUCUAUCCAUUUGAAAAUAAGCCUUAGGAUACAUUUAUUUUGAGUACUACUCUGUUCUUUUUUUCUUUUCAGUUUGUUCCUUAUGUGAGUGCUUGAAAACUUAAAUAAAAUGUUUAAUUAGGAAAAAAUAUUGUUCAUGUUUGUGGAGCAAAUUAAAUGACUGUAAAUCUGUAAACUUUAGGAUAUGUUAAUAUGGCAUGGAGGCUUCUGGAAGUCAAUAAUAUUUUGUUUUAGUAGAAAGAGAUGUAUGCAGAUACCCACCUACAGUGGCACACGCGAAUACUGUGAGAAAAUCCUCCUUGUUCCCACGACACUAUAGGGCAGAAUAUAAUUGUCAUGCUAAUUAUGUUCUUCAAGGAAACCCAACAGUCAGAUGUGAGAAUGGAGCAUGGGAGGAUCCACCCGUUUGUAUAGGUAUGUAGACAUUUUUGGGAUUUGUUCCUUAUAUGGAUUUCAGCAUCAAUACGUUAGUGAAAAAAAAAAAAUUAAGAUUAAAAUGGACAUCAUUAGGAAAUAUAAGAAGAAGGUAGAACUUGAAAGCCAGAAAAGAAACCUCAAAUUAAAUGCAUUGUACCUGCAUCACAUGAACAAAAUCAUAAAAUUAUAUUUAAUUUCCACAAUCAGUGUUUACGUAAUCUAUGUGCGUUUCAGAGCCAUGUUUUGCUAAAGUGGAAGAUUUGAAAGCAAACAACAUACAGCUACUAUGGAAGGUUUCGUCUGAGCUGUACCUCAAACACGAUGAAGCCAUUGAAUUUAAAUGCUUGCUUGGAUAUGAAAUAUCUAAUUCAGACUUGCUCAGAAUAAAAUGUAACAAAGGGAUGCUAAUUUACCCAAAAUGCAUCCAGAGAGGCAAGUACAAAAAUAUAGGUAAAACCUGUACAAUGUUAAAAGGAUUAUUUGUAAUUAGGGGACCAACCAGUAAAGUGGGAGAUUACAUACAACGUAGACAAGUUCAGCUACACAUUUGGGAUGAGGAACUAACAAGCAAUUUAAACCCUGAAUGGUACAGAGUUAGAUAAAACAAUACAUGAGAAUAACGUGUUAAUCGUUGUAGACAACAGACCACGCAGUAAAAUCAUACAUAAAAAGGAUAUUAAUUCACAGGAGGAAAAUAUCAUUUUGCGUCUUUAGAAUUGAAUGGUAAGACCCCCACCUUGAAUAUGCUGUGUCCUUUUGGGAACUUGUUUUACAUUUUAAAUCCGAGUUUAUUGAGAGAAUAAUGAUAAACAACAAGUUCACAUGCUUUCAUUGACAACAAUAAAUGGUAGCGAAAAGAGUCUAGAGUCAAUUGCAGGGCGAUAUUAGCUGCAUUAACAACAGAAGAUUCCAGAAUCGAUAUCACACAUGACCAUCAAGAAGGACAAAAAUAUAAAGAAAUAAGUAGUGAGUAGUGCGACUGAAAAGUGUCCGGUCAGUUAAACUAUAAAGAAUAAGAGGUAUAGUAAUAGAGGUAUAGUAAGAGCGUGAGAAAAAAGGAAAGGGGGUGUAGAAAGAAAUUGGAACACGUAGGUCAAGGGUGGUAAAAUCAUACUGACCAGGGGUAGAAGCAGAAGCAGGAAAGCAAAUCUACCUUGGACCAACAAACAAUGUUUGUUUUAUAAUUUUCUGUACAGAUUUCUAAACGCCUGCGUAGAUUAUUUUUUUUAUUAAAUAUAAAAAUUUAGAAUAAAAAAAUAAAUGAAGUAACAGCUUAGCUAGUGAAAGUGUUAAUUAAGAGUGUCAGCUGACACUCUGCCAAUCAUUGCGUCCCUCCUCACUGCUUGCACUCAUUCUUCCAAGUUAGCCAAAACCGAAGAGGAGAAACUGGUGCCUGGGGAAACAUCUUAAGUGCUAAACCAUUUGAGAAUAGUUUAACACUUAAAGGUAAGACACACAGAUGGACUCCAAUGACCAUAACAACUUCAUAAAGUUGAACACAAAUCAUAAAUGUACUCCUAUUAAAUGAGCUGACCCAUGCAUUCUGUAAUAGACUAAAGACCUCUAAAUUACAAUAUUUUUUUUCAGACAAACUAUUACCUUGUGGACUACCACCAUCAAUCAACUAUGGAGACGUAAUACAAACUCUCAAAACAAAGUAUGACUCAGGUUCUGUGCUGGAGUACAAAUGUCCAUCUUUCUAUAUACUUGAAGGCAACCAAAAAAUAAAAUGCUGGAAUGGAGUUUGGAGCGAUCCCCCUGUUUGUUUAGGUAGGUGCACAGUAUUGUGCGUUGACUUCAUCCGAAGAAUGUUUGGUUUUGACACAGUAACACUGUGACAGUGGUAAAGGCGGAAAUAAACUAUUUUGCAAACUACCAAGUAACAGUCACUAAGGGUUAAAACAUGUUCUAUACAUUUCAUCAUCUCAUUAUGUCCCUAUGUUUAACGCAGGUAAAUAUUUAAUUUUAGAUUUUGCAUCAGUUAUGUGCCAGGCCAGUACAAAUUACUGUGCUGCCUGGGACCAAGGUCACCUGAAAACAAAAAACACGGUGCCCUAAAGCCAGUUCCACUUGAAGCACCUCCCACACCCAACUGAUUACAAGCCAUUUUCUACCAAUUGUUCCUCGCCAUAUUCCCAUAAUUCAUAGCCCCAAACAAAAUUAAGCGCACACAUAAAAAUGCAGUUUUAUGUUUUAUAAGGCUACUUAAAAUAACCUAUUGAAACAAACAAAUAUGGGGAUGCAGUUCCACCAUAUGGCAAUAUUGUAUUAGGACCGCCAGUACUUUACAGUACCCCAAUAUUGGUGGGUCCUACACUAAUUCCAGCAUCGGAGACAAAUUAAAUAGUUCUAGUGCUAAAUAAGCUAAAGUGUAUUUUAAUCUGUUGUAAGAGCAUUGUGAAUUUAUAUAUUGCAAAAUUAAUGUAAUUUUUUAAAAAAAUAACAAUAAAAAAUAUAGUGAACAAACUAAACAUGUUAAAGUGAUAGUUCUUUGGUGUAUGUAGCCAAAUGGACAAAAUCCGUUGAAAAUUACCAAAUUCAGAUCACAUUGGCUAUGCUUAUAUUUACCAAAGAUUUUACUACGGGUUUCUGUAACCUCAUGUUGGCCAAAGACAAACCGAAAGUAUCCAAUAAGAUGCACCUUUGCAAAUUAUCAUUCACUUUCUUUGUGCAAAUUAAUUGAUAUUUGAAAAACCAGGCAAACCCUUGGCAGCUCAAGAGUUAAUUAUUUGGCAGCAUGCCUAUAGAGAUACUAUUGCUAUAAUGGAGGUAAUGUACCUCCAUAUGCCCCAGUAUGCAAUUCAGGAGUUGGUGGCAAGUCUACUUGCAUUUAAAACUAGUGACUGGGCAGUUAUUGCUGACAUUCACUAAAAAAAGGCCCCAUUCUAUGUCGUUGCUAGGAGAUUGGGGACCCCAGCCAUUCUGGGAGGAUUUCAAUUUUUUGGGGGGGUGUGGACAAUGGUUUGGCUGAAAUGCGGACCAAAUUUACAAAUAAACAGUAAUUGAUGAAUUCCAUUAACAAUAUCCAGAUUUUGCAGUCUGAGUGGCCCCGUUCUUGCAAUGCCAUUUCCCAUGAUUCCCACCCUCAUGCUAUUUCCUCAUUUGCAAUUCCAUGGGAUUUUCACAUCACCAUUGCUAUUUUCCAUUAUUCUCACUCCCUUUGUAAUUUGCCCCAUUCCCUCGUUGCAUGCUAUUUACAUGCUACUUGCCCCACUCAGCAACAAUAGUGGGUUCAGCCUAGAAGCAGAUGGUACCAUGUCAUAGGCAUGGAAGACGGUGAAUGAGAUGGUGAGGGGGGACAUCUACACCUCAAUAAUAAGAAAAAGCCCAGUCAGAACUGAUCAUGAGUACAACUGACGAUUACCAGUGGUAUACCUCCACUUGGUUGCAAUGACCUUUAAUGUUGCAUUUACUCCCUUCAUAGAUAAUUUGUAAAUUUCCCAUAAUGUGAAUAGUGUGAGUUAACCAUAGGGGGUAUUGGUAAUUUUUUACUUUUUGUCCUUUAGCCCAGUAUUUUUCAUCCACCUAGGACUGCUGCGUGUGUGGUUGAGUGUGCUACGGACUUUUUUUCUUUUCUUUUCUUCCCAAUAGUCAUUUACUCUCCCCCCUUCACCCCAUCACCAAACAACUCUGAAAUGGCUGGAAGUCUCUGUUUUCCUUUUUGGAGAUCUUAAAUUUGAUUUCUCUGACUCUUGCCUUAUGCAAAAAAUGUUGUCUACUUUUAUAAUCGUGUACCAGCUUUUUACAUAUACCUUAAUGGAUAUUGUUCUUGUUAUACCUUUAUGCACUUGAGAUGCCUUACUUCUUAUAUACCGUUUAUUCAUUCUAAAUACACUUUUAAUUCAAAAAACCCUGCCUUGGAGUCUGUGCCACAUCCUUAAUGUCUUCGUAUACUUUUACAUAACUACAAAGUAUCCUAUUAGGAGAUACAGUCCCCUUUUUGGGUCCAAAUCUCUCUGUCCCUAAUGUCCCUAGUUUCUAUGAGCUCUAAAUUGGUGUGUUUGAUUGUAUAACAUAGUUCUAUAGCAAUAAUACUUAAAAAAAAAAAUACUAAAACUAGCACACAGUAAUGUGUCUUUACACUACACUAAAAGUGUUUAUUAAAAAAAUCACUGUCCAUCUCACUACUGAAUGUAGAUGUGAAAAUAUUUACCAAAAUUUUCACUAACCGCCUCCUCCCCUACAUUACCACACUCAUCCAUCCAGACCAAGUGGGCUUCAUCCCCUCCCGCCAGGCAAGCGACAAUACCAGGCAGAUACUAGACCUGAUAUGGGUGGUCAACCAUCGCACUACCCCAACCUUGAUACUGUCCCUUGAUGCCGAAAAGGCAUUUGACUGACUACUAUGGCCAUUUUUAUUCGCUACCCUAGAAAAAUUUCGAUUCCCUGUCCCUUUCAUAGCAGUCCUCAGAACCAUAUACUCCACCCCUACUACCAAAUGACUGAUACUAAACACACAUCCACCCUCCUUCCCUAUUCAAAAUGGAACGCAGCAGGGAUGCCCACUCUCCCCCAUCCUUUAUGUUUUUUCAUUGGAGCUACUAAUCCACCUCAUCUGCUCCACACAAGCGAUUACGGGCAUUACAGUCUGAUCCCAAUUAUACAAAGUGGCAGCCUACGCCAAUGAUCUCCUACUGACAAUCACCAACCCGUUAACCUCCCUACCACCACUACUACAUCUCCUGAAUGAAUAUUCAAAAUCUGCACACCCCUAUAGGAAUCAAAAGAUGGGAAGAUCUAGAAUACAAUCUUUUCGGCUUCGACUUCCCAUUUUUUUACAUCUGGGUACCAAGGAAAUCACGCCCCAUGCCACGCCCCAUACCCACACCACUCACCAACUCUUUAGACGCAUGGAACAAAAUUACCAAAAAAUUCCCCAUCAUAAAUAACCCCACACCUAUGACCCCUAUCCUGCUCAAUUGGGCCUUCCCCCCAGGCAUGACACCCUAAGAUUUUGCUCACUAUGAACAAAAUGACCUUUAUAGGCUCUACUUCUUCUUCGCGAAAGGCAGCAUAAUCACUUAUAACGAAUUAUCACGACAUGCCACAGCAUACAACACCCAUAACUUCUUCAGAUACAUCCAACUAAAAAGCUUCCUAGAACACCCAGAAAACAAGACAGCAGCCGUCACCAAACUCUCAACCUAUGAAGAAGCUUGCACCCAAAGCAUGGUCCGUAAGGGUCAGAUCACAGACAACUACACACUCAUCAAUUACCAGCCUUUGGGCGCACUGGCCUAUUUGUCAGCCUGUGAGAGGGACCUGGGACCUCCGGAUGAAGCGUCUGACUGGCAGGAUAUCUGGGAAGCUACGGCUUCUAUCUCUAUACGUGUGAAUCAUAAGGAGCAGGCCUGCAAGACCAUACUCCGAUGGUACUUAACACCUAUACGACUCUACCGAAUGGGAAGGUCGGACUCAGACCUCUGCACAGAAACUAUAUCUUAUAUCCCCCUCUGUAGGCACUGCCCCAAAUUGACUCACUAUGGGCAGAGAUGCUAAGCUGGUUUCAGACCUCCUACAAACAAUCAUCCAACUAGACCCGUCGAUUUGGCACCUCUCCAAACCAUGGGACUCCUUAACCAGAGCCCAAAACAAAUUGACUAAUAGAACAACCCUGACAGCGAAAAGAGCUCUAGCAGAGCUCUGGGGCUCACCGAACAUACCUACACUACAGACAGUCAUUCGCAAAACAAAGAAAGCAAUGGAAAGGGACAGGAUCUCUGCAAAAAUACAGGAAACAUCUCACCACUCUUACAAAAUUUGGGACCCAGUCUCAGCUAGAAACAUUCAAACCUGAUAACCACAACACACUGAUUGUUAUCACCCCACAUCCUCAGCUGACACAAUACCCACAUACUGGGGGGAAAGUGGGGAGAGACCAACCAUCUACCCGAUCAUCCUCCUCUAAAACCACCAAAUCCUCUAUCCCCUUUCCCCCUUCCCUAGUCUGCCACCAUCUGCCCAGUAAAACCUGGCAGAGUGCAUCGAACGGUCGCAGGACCGGAUAGUACAAAACACAGGAGCACACCACCCAGCUAGGAGGGAGACCGAGCCCUCAACACAGCAGACUGAAAACAAGGGAUCCCCACUAAACGAAGACACUCAAAGACUUUGGGCCAGGUCGUGGCCACUGGCCCACAAAGGAGCCUGGGCUAGAGUCCUACAAGCUCAGAAAGCCUUAGGGCACUCCCAUUUCCUCUCUCCUUGCACACACCAGAUAUGCACCAAACUGUAUCAAAACACCUUGGCUUACAACAGGGAACCAAUUCUAGCGAGCGAUCUGCACAUCGGUCAACAGAUAAGCCCCCUAAACCCAUCACCCUGGACCACUAUUAUGGUAUAUCUUUACCUUUUUAGUUUUUUUUUUUCUUUUUAUAGUUCAAUUAACGUCUUUGUUAAAUAAUGUUAUCACAUUCUGACUCCCGAUAAUAAAAGCCAUAGAGCCAGCUGGAUACGCACACGGAUAGCACCCUGCCCUAAAUCAAAACCACUCGAACAACCCGAGCCACAAACACAACAGCGUUAGAAUGUAUUGGCAAAAUGUAUAUGUAUACAUGUGUAUAAGUAUCACGAACAAUGUAAUGUAACCAGAACCUGAAUGCCUGAUGACUCAUGUUACAAGGUAUGUAUAUCUCUCCAUGUAAGGCUUCCUUUCUGUGAUAAUUGACUCUAUGCCAAAACAAUCAACCUAAUAAACACAGAAUGUUUUUUUUUUUUUUAAGAUAAUCAGUCUGUGUGAAUAAGAUAAUUUGCUCUUGCUCAAAAUUAUAUUUUAGUUGCUUCAAUUGUUAGUAAAACACCUACAAUUUUUCACAACAGCUGCACUCCCCUGUCCAAAGUCCUACUCUCCCAUAUAAAAUUAAAGUGUCCCUCUUUGACCAUUUGAAAUGUUAGGAGAUACUGUUGUGCUUAAAAAUUUGCAUACCCUGGCAGAAAUUGGGAAAGUUAAGCAAUGAUUUUGAAAAUAUAACUGACCAUGCAAAUUUUUUUUAUUUUAUUGAAGUGUAGUGGUCAGAUGAAGGCAUUUAUUAUCACAUAGUUGUUUCGCUCCUCUUUUAAAUCAUAAUGAUAACAGAAAUCACCUUAAUGGCCCUGAUCAAAGGUUUACAUAUCCUUGAAUGUUUGGCCUUGUUACAGACACACAAGGUAACACACACAGGUUAAAAUGGCAAUUAAAGAUACUGAGCCAUUGGGAGCGGAAAAGAACUGUCAAAAGACCUGUGUAACAAGGUAAUGGAACUUUAUGAAGCUGGAAAGGGAUAUAAAAAGAUAUCCAAAGCCUUGAAAAUGUCAGUCAGUACUGUUCAAUCACUUUAAGAAAUUUUAAAAUUCGGUGAUCUCGUGAUACCUAGCUAAGGUCAGGUAGACCAAGAAAGAUUUCAGCCACAACUGCCAGAAGAAUUGUUCGGGAUACAAAGAAAAACCCACAGGUAACUUCUGGAGAAAUUCAGUCUGCUCUGGAAAAAGAUGGUGUGGGUGUUUUAAGAAGCACAAUAGGACGAUACUUGAACAAAAAUGAGCUGCAUAGUCGAGUUGCCAGAAAAAAGCCUUUAGUGCACCAAUGACACAAAGUCCCUUUUAAAAUAUGCCUGACAACACCUUGACAUGCCUCACAGCAUCUGGCACACUGUAAUUUGGAGUGACAAUACCAAAAGAGAACUUUAUGGUCAUAACCAUAAGCGCUCUGUUUGGAGAGGGGUCAACAAGCCCUAUAGUGAAAAGAAUACCAUCCCCACUGAGAAGCAUAAUGGUUGCUCACUGGUGUUUUGGGGUUGUGUGAGCUCUAAAGGCACGGGGAAGCUUGUGAAAAUUGAUGGGAAGAUGAAUGCAGCAUGUUAUCAGAAAAUACUAACAGACAUUUUGCAUUCAACUGCACAAAGGCUGCGCAUGGGACACUUAAACUUUCCAGCAUGACAAUGUGACAAACGAUCCUAAGCACAAGGCCAAGUUGACCUUCCAGUGGUUACAGCACAAAAAGGUGAAGGUUCUGAAGUGGCCAUUACAGUCCCCUGACCUUAAUAUCAUUAAGUAACUCUGGGGAGAUCUCAAACGUGCAGUUCAUCCAAGACGACCAAAGAUUAUGCAUGACCUGGAGGCAUUUUUCCAAGAUGAAUGGGUAGCUAUACUACUGUCAUGUUUUUUCUUUAACAAAUGCCAAACAAAAAAUAAGAACCACUCACUUUUUAUUUCGAGGCAGUUUCAGCACAGCAAACUGAUGUGGCAGCAAAGCAGAGAGAUAAACUGACAGUCCUUGAAAAUAGAAGUUUAGGUGAUGUGUCCAGGGUUAGUCCAUAAGCAAAGUCCUUUAUCCAGUCCAAAGUUGUUCAAUAGGAGAUCAAGCAGUAUUGAAGGAAAUUCCAGAAGCAGAAUCAAGGCCAGUCCGAAUUAGUUAACCAGGUAAUCCAAGUUAUAGUUGUAUGAAGAGGAGAUUCAGAAGGGAUCCGGUGGUGGAGCUCACGGUCUCUCUCAGAGUCAUCCAAAGGAUUAGGAAGGAAGUUUAUGCAAUCAAUCAGAUUAACACAUUAAUUGUUGGAGAUUGGAGUUUAAAUAGCCAAAGGGAUGUGUAUUUCCAUGUUGUUUUAAAGGGCCAGUAAUAAAUUAAUAAAAUUCCUGACAACUACCCUCAUAGACAACUAUUACAAAAUACUGCACGCUCUCAUUGAUGCUAAAGGGGGCAACACACAGUUUAAGAACUUUUUUUUGCCCCAUGUUUUGUCUAAUGAUUGUGCCAUUCUGUUAUAACCUACAGUUGAAUAUGAAUCCCAUAAGAAAUAAAAAGAAAUGUGUUUUGCCUGCUCACUCAUGUUUCUCUUAAAAUGGUACAUAUAUUACCAAUUCUCCUACGGUAUGCAAACAUUUGAACACAACUGUAUGUCUGUGUAUAGAAGCCAGGAGACAAAUCACUAAUGAAAAAUUUAACCUUGUAUAAAAUACCUGCAUAUUAAUUCAACUUAAAUGGAGAACUGGUUGGGAGAGGUAAUUAAAAUCAAAGUAGACUUAAACUCUAGAUCCUCCAAAGUAUGGGUUUGGACUGCAGUAUUCAGUCACAAUGUUCAAACUAAACAAAUAAUAUUUCCUGGAUGCUGGCCCAAACUAUAGGGCAUAGUUCAAUUUGCAGUGCCAUUGUCACUUUUGACCCUGUUGCACAUAGAAGGCUUAUCAAUAAACUGCAAUCUUUAAGUUUGGAUUCCAAUAUUGUUGAAUGGGUAAGGCAGUGGCUGAGUGACAGGCAACAGAGGGUUGUAGUCAAUGGAGUAUAUUCGAAACAUGGGCUUGUCACCAGUGGGGUACCUCAGGGAUCUGUACUUGGACCCAUUCUCUUUAAUAUUUUUAUUAGUGAUAUUGCAGAAGGUGUUGAUAGUAAGGUAUGACUUUUUGCUGAUGAUACUAAGCUAUGUUACAGGGUUGAUGUUCCUGGAAGGAUAAGCCAAAUGACAAAUGAUUUAGGUAAACUAGAAAAAUGGUCAGAGUUGUGGCAACUGACAUUUAAUGUGGAUAAGUGCAAGAUAAUGCAUCUUGGACGUAAAAACCGAAGGGCAGAGUACAGAAUAUUUGAUAGAGUCCUAACCUCAACAUCUGAGGAAAGGGAUUUAGGGGUGAUUAUUUCUGAUGGCUUAAAGGGAGGCAGACAAUGUUAUAGAGCAGCAGGAAAUGCUAGCAGAAUGCUUGGUUGUAUAGGGAGAGGUAUUAGCAGUAGAAAGAGGGAAGUACAGAACACUGGUGAGACCACACUUGGAGUAUUGUGCGCAGUACUGGUGGAGGCCGUAUCUCCAGAAGGCUAUUGAUACUUUAGAGAGAGUUCAGAGAAGGGCUACUAAACUGUUUCAUGGAUUGCAGGAUAAAACUUACAAGGAAAGGUUAAAGGAACUUAACAUGUAUAGCUUGGAGGAAAAACGAGACAGGGGGGAUAUGAUAGAAACAUUUAAAUACAUAAAGGGAAUCAAGACAGUAAAGGUGGAGACUAUACUUAAAAGAAGAAAAACUUUAAACCCUUAAAUUAAAGGGGCAAAGGUUUAAAAAUAAUAUCCAGAAGUAUUACUUUACUGAGAGUGUAGUGGAAGCAUGGAAUAGGCUUCCAGCUGAAGUGGUAGAGGUUAACAGAGUAACAGAGAGUUUAAUCAUGCGUGGAAUAUGCAUAAGGCUAUCCUAACUAUAAGAUAAGGCCAGGGUCUAAUGAAAGUAUUAUAAAAAAAAAAAUGGGCAGACUAGAUGGGCCGAAUGGUUCUUAUCUGCCAUCACAUUCUAUGUUUCUAUGUUGUAAGACAUGCAUUGUAUCGAUACCUGAAUCUAAAAGCAUUGAACAGUAUUGAAGUGCAGGUGUAAUGAGAAUGCAAACCCAGUUUCUGAUCUCCAAAUAUAAACAAGUAAGAAAAGCUCAGUACUCAGUAUGAUGAAGUAUAUUUAGGCUUCAAAUCAAAGUGGCCACAUUUUGAUACUCAAUUGUGUGUUUCUUAAAUCAUAAAUGCUUGUUUUAGAAACUCCGGUAUAAAUAGAUAGAUUUAAAGUACUAACAUCACCAAGGUGUAUCAUAAAGCUAACAUAGAUUGAAUAUUUUUGGAUAAGCUUUUCAAAUGAUUUAUCAUUUUUUGGAUAAACAUUUAUUUAUUAAUUUCAAAAUGUUAAUAUGUCAAAAAAUAUGUCAUGUGUCUGUAUGUAUGAUAAAUAUAUUAAUAAAUUGAAAAAAAAAUUAAAAUAUUGAAAUAUUUUUCAAAAUAUGACAAUUUUUAACGUUCAUGCAAAAAUAUGAAAUCCUUUGAAGAAUGUAUCCAAAAAUAUGAAAUUGAAGUCUUGAGAUGCCUCUGAUAAUAAACACAACUUAUCAUGAAACAUUGUUUACAAAAAAGACCGUUAAUACUAUUUGACUUUUACUGGUAUUAAACACGAGAAUGUUUUAUGUUUUAUUCUAGAACCCUGCACAGCAACUGAAAAGGAUAUGAGAGAAAAUAAUAUCCAAUUACAAUGGACAUCAGCACAGAAAAUCUAUUCUCUGCAUAAUGAUAUUAUUGAAUUUAAGUGUAUACCUCAAUAUAUGAUAUCAGAUCCCAAACUGCUUAGAGUUACAUGUAAUAGAGGAGUGCUUAAUUACCCUAAAUGUUUCAAGCAAGGUAUGUGUCGUGCCGUGCCCAUGCCAUAAAAGUGACUAAAAUGCCUGUUUUCGCUAAUAAUAUAUUUUGGAUACUUUCACUUGGGUUUAUUCACAGAAACAAAACAAAAGAUGUAAACUGCAACAUCAUAGAAUAAUAUAAAUUUUUGGUGCCACAACAAUGAACAGGCAAUUUUAAUCCUAUCCAGGGUCUUUCUCAAUCAUAAGGAAGACCCAAGAAAGGGUCAAAAUGUUGUCAACUAGCUGUUAUAGCAUAAUCAAAAUGUACUCUAUUCAAUGAAUGAGAUGCUUCAGUUUGUGGGGUAUUUUUGCUUAUGUGAAAUGCGCCAGUCAAGUGGGAUUGAUAUGUAAGUUUCACUCUUUGCUGAUAGGAUGCUCAUUAUGCCCACCACGCAAUUUCUUAUUCUUUAAUGAAUGUUGUCUGUUAUCUCAAAUGAAAAAUGCAGGGAAAUGGUCAAAUGGCCAUAUUGUGUUUGGCCCACCACCAACUACGUGUUAGGCAAACAAAACAACCCACAUCAUUCUUUCACUAACAGCAAUCCUUCUUGUCUUUAGUCGUAAACAGAGAGUCAGUUUUAAUCUUUAUUUUAAACCUCAUAAUAAAAUAUCUCAGAAUGGCAGAAUAAUGUGUGUAGGCACCUAGGUAUAGAGAAUGGAAUUCAAUUAGGCUCUAAGGAUAGGUUGUGCCUAGAUAUCUCAGCACUCAUCUUGUGUCAGCCUUGGGAAACCAAAUGAAAUGGAGUGGCAUUUGUUGAAAGGGUAUUUAUAUAAGGGUUGUGUAGGUUAUUUUCAACAGACAAUCCAAUGAUGGGAAUGUCUUUACUCUUGUGACAGAUUAAACCAUGAUCUAAAAGUUGAAAUGGACAAAAUUUAGUUAAGACCCUGUCUGGCUUUCAUCGUAGUUAAAAAAUACUGAUCAAGGUAACAGCGCACCCACAAAAAAUACAGUUUUUCAUCUUGCAAAGCUACUUAAAAUCAAAGUACCCCAAUAUUGGUGUGUUCUACACUAAUUGUAAGUAAAUAUUUAACUAAGCCUAUAGCAUAAUGUAAGAUUGUAGCCCUGGACCCUGCUUUCUGAAUAGGGGUGGCUGAGUGUGACGUGUGGAAGGAUGUUAAUGUGUGGGGGAUUCUUCCCCACACAUUUUUCCCUAUUUAUUCUCAUUUGGCUGGUAUAAACCCUGGUGGUCAAGUUGAAGGCAUGAUGGUGUGCAGUAUCCCUGCUUGUCCAGGAGGGUGUGAUCAUCGGGCACGUGCACAUAACUUUAAGAGCUCCUUUGUAGUCCCAAUGCUCAGUCAAUAACUCAAAGAACUGACUGCUGCUGUCUAAGUCAUUGAGAAGUGCCAGGACUUUGAGGGACAGCUUCUAUAGUGACAACCUCUUCAAAUGGGCAUUGAUAAAGAAGAAAAAAAAAAUAUGGGUUACUCCUAGAACUGUGACCUCUUUGGUGAUAUACACAGUACAAGAAUCCUGUUUGUGCAGCAUUUCACUUUAAUACUGUGCACAUACAGGGAUAUUUAGUGUUGCUACAGGAAGUCUAAGUAAAAAAGAAAAUCUGUUGCCACCAUACAUAGCAUGCUGAUGGGAGACAUCCAGUGGUAGCACAAUUUUCCUCUUCGUGCUUAUUUAGAGGGACACUAUAGGUACCAGAACAACUACAGCUUAAUGUAGUUGUUUUGGUGUCUAUAGCCUAUUAGUGCAGGUGUUCCUGCCUAGGAACACCUCUAGUGGUAGUCACUCAGACGGCCACUAGAGGUGAUUCCUGGGUCAGUGUAGCGCAGUGUGCAGGACUGAUGUUCAGCAUCUCCACGAAUGGAGACGGUGAACAUUCCCCCAUAGAGAUACACUGAUUACAUGCAAUGCUCUGAGGAAAUGCUGAUUGGUGCAGUGUGGUGUCUUGUGCAUACGCAGUAGUCUUUCCUAUUGGAAAGCAUUGGAUUGGCUGAGGUCAUCAAAUUUGAUGAUCUCAGCCAAGGAGGAGGGGUGAGCAAGCAGCAACAAGACCUGCACGGAGCUGGAAAUAAGGUGAGUAAAUUCACCUUUUCAAUGGGGUAGAAGGACAAGGAAAGCCAGAAAUCUAAAGAGCAGUUCUAAAUCUCUAGUGCCAUUAAUACAUGUUUGUAUUCUUGACACUGUAGUGUUCCUUUAAGUCCUCUCUCUGCACUACCAUAAUGACAUCCCACCAGGGCCGGACUGGCCCACCGGGAUACCGAGAAAUUUCCCGGUGGGCCGUCGGCACAUGGGGCCGGGCAGGCAGCUGGCUCUUUUGGUGGCCACAGAGGGAGCUCUUUUGGCGGCCACAGGGGGAGCUGGCUGUCACUACAAACAGACCGGGGCCAGAAUAUGACGUCAUAUUCCGCCCCCGGUCUCAUUAAGCUGCGCGCUGGGGCAGGGAAGCAGAGACAGAACAGCCAGCUACCCCUGCGGCCGCCAAAGGAGCUCCCCAUUCGGCCGCCAGCACACAGGCAGCAAUUAUGUGUGUCAGUGUAAGUGUAUGUGUGUGUCUGCCAUUUAUGUGUGUCUGUGUCAUUGUGCGUCUGUCUCUGUCAUGGUGUGUGCGUCUGUCUCUGUCAUGGUGUGUGCGUCUGUGUCAUACAAUGUGUGUGUGUCUGUCAUGUAAUGUGUGUGUCUGUGUCAUGGUCUGUGUGUGUGUUUGUCAUGUAACGUGUGUCUGUAUGUCAUGGUGUGUAUCUGUCUGUGUCAUGUAAUGUGUGUCUGUCUGUGUCACGAUGUGUGUGUGUGUGUGUGUGUGUCACACAGUCUCUCUGUGUUGUGUGUGUGUCUGUCUGUGUCAUAUAAUGUGUGUCUGUGUCACGGUCUGUCAUGGUAUGUGUGUGUGUCUGUCUGUGUAAUGGUGUGUCUGUGUUUCUGUCUCUGUCAUGGUGUGUGUAUGUGUGUUUUUACUCACCUUUUUUUUUCCCCACGUCGUGCUGGUCUCCCCUCGACUGGCCCUGCCUCUAUGGCUGAGAUCAUCAAGCCAAUCCGCACUGACACAGGAAGCACCUCUAGUGACCGUCUGAGUGUCUGUCACUAGGAAGCAAUGUAAACACUGCCUUUUCUCUAAAAAGUCAGUGUUUACAUUGAAAAGCCUGCAGGGACAGGCUAUAGACACCAGGGCCACUACAUUAAGCUGUGUGUGUGUGAGCGUGCCUGCUAGUGAGUGGGCUUGCUUGUGUGUGUGUGUGUCUGCUACUGAGUGAGCUUGUGUUUUUAUGUCAAUGACCUUAUGUAUAUCCGUGAGAUUGUUUGUUUGUCUAUGAGGCUGUGUAUCAAUCAGCUUGUGUCAGUGAGAUUGCCUGUGUCUGCAUGUGAGUAUGCUUACUGUAUAAUUAAAAAUUUUACUCUGAAAGGACCAAUAUUUUAUAUUGGAAAAAGAGAGAAUAUAUAUAUAUAUAUAUAUCUCAAUCAUCUAGGGUGGCAAGACAUAGCCUUACAUAUUACAUGCGACAAUAUAUGGCGCAAUGACUUAUGGGGCUGGCAUAGAUUUUAAUUUUUUUUCAGGGCUACUUUGGAAUCCCUAGUCUGACCCUGCAUCCCACCACCUGCAGUAAGGGAGAGUGACACCGCGGAAAGCAGAUUGGGCUGCAGAGAGUAGAGUAGAUUGAAGGUAUACACUGGUAUUUUUGGUUGUAAACCUUUUAGCUGCAAGACAUUUAUUUCCCAUUAACAGCAAGGUUGCAUUCAUGCUCAAUAUAGCCAAUUGUGCAAACAUUCAAAAGAUUAAUACAAUUUAAUAGUGCAAAUAAAUGGUAAACCUUAAUGAUUUUCAUUAAUUGUAAAUGAAAAUUGUCCCACAGAGAUAAUAUUGGCAAACUAACAGAGUGGCAGAGCCAAGGGGGAAAUUGUGGUUCUCCCAAAGCGCCCCACCAGUUCUAGAAUCGAAUGGACCAGUUGUUGUGCAAACCUUUACAAAUGAUGUUUGUUUUUGUACAUCUAGGAACAGACCAAGAUAAAGAGCGCGAAAAAACCGAUCUGGAUGACAAAAAGUUAGACCUUCUGCUUCAAGACUGGAUACCAAGAAUUGUCGAAGGUACUCCUGCUGUCAUCGUAAUAGAUUGAGAUUUUCCAAGUAUGUGUAGUUCAGCAACUUUAGGGAAAUACCUGUUGCUGGCUACCUUAUGGUUACAUCUCAAUAACCUUGUGAUUAAAACCUUCCUCAUCUCAUAUACUCCAGGUGCAGCUACUGACUUACUGUUAUAGUAUGACUGUAGAACAGAUGUUAAAAAAUGCACUUUCACAGAACCAGAGUAUGUGUGACUAUGACUAUCAAACAGAUGCCUAUAGGCAGCUGCCAACUAGGAAAUCUGGUUCUUUGGCUUCCUCUGGGGCAGAGAAAUGUAAUUUACUGGAUUCUGCCUCUCUUUAUUAAUAGAUAUAUAAAUAAUGAAAUAUCAUGCAUUUUUAUUUUUAAUCAUUAAUGGAAUAUUAUAACUUCUCUGGAAUUUACAAUCAUCUAUUAACUUGUCCAGUGGCGUACUAAGGAGGGGGCGGUUCUCCCUGGGUGCACUCACUAGGUUAGUGCCUGGGGCAGAUUGUGUUUGGACUGUGUUGGGCCCAUCGCAGACACUCCGCAGUGUGCAUGGCUGCAGACCAUAUGUCUACCGAGAUCUGAUCAAUCAGAGAGUUGUCACGGGUUACCACAGCAAUACUCUGGUUCUCGUGAGAUUCAUGGUCUGCAGUUCUGCACACUGCGGAGAUGCAGACCCGAUAUCACCACUGGACCACCAGGGAAUUAAAUAAGGUAUCUAGUCCCCCCCUCCCUCCAUCACCCCCUUCCCUAACAUCAUCACCCCUUUCCCUAACAUCAUCACCCCCUUCCCUCACAUCAUCACCCCUUCCCUCACAUCAUUACCCCUUCCCUCACAUCAUCACCCCCUUCCCUCUCACCAUCACCCCCUCACCAUUACCCCCUCUCUCUCUCUCACUAUGACACCCUCUCUCUCUCACUAUCACCCCCCUCUCUCACUAUCACCUCCCUCUCUCUCACCAUCACCUCCCUCCCUCUCACCAUCACCCCCCUUUCCCUCACCAUCACCCCCCUCCCUUAUACCAUCAACCCCCUUAUUCACACCAUGAUACCCCUCUUACCUUCCUCCCUUCACUCAAACCAUCACCCCCUCCCUCACAGUUUUACCCCCUCCCUCUCACAUCACCCCCUCCCUCAAACCAUUAUCCACUAUACAAGCACACACUGUAUUCACUAUGCAAACACACCACAUACACUAUACAAACAAACACUGACACACGUAUACCUGUAUGUGUGUUGGUAUAUGUGUAUGUAUGUGUCAGUGUGUGUAUGUGUAUCUGUUUGUGUGUCUGUAUGUGUUUGUCUGUGCCUGUGUGUGUGUCUCUCUCUAUCUAUGUGUUUGUAUGUGUGUGUGUCUGUGUGUGUGUGUGUAUAUAUAUAUAUAUAUAUAUUUGUAUCUGUGUGUCUAUCAGUAUGUGUGUCAGUGUUUGUCUGUAUAUGUGUAUGACUGUGUUUCUAUGGAACUGCAUGUGUGUACCUAUGUGUCUGUGUAUUUGUGUAUAUGUGCGUACAUCUCAGCAUUUCGCCUACACUACACACAAAUACAACCCUGCAUCUAAAUGUCAACACGUCAUAAAAACACACCACCAUAUUAAAAAAUCACACUACAGAAAAAUGUACGCCUGCAUUCAAAUGCCAAUACGUGCAAACACACCCGUACAUUCACUCACACAUACCCCAUACAAAAACAUGCUUACAUUUAAACACACAAACACUGCUCAGUGCUAAAUAUAUAUGUUUUUUUUAAAAAAUACAAACCCUGCUCAGUGCUCAAUAUGUGUAAGAAAUGUGUGGGUUUUUUUUUUUUACAUUUUUAAGCUGGAGGGUGCCAAAUAUAGGAUCUGCCCAAGGUGCCAAAUUCUCCAGGUACGCCCCUGAACUUGUCUUAACCCUUUUUUCAUGAUAUGCUCUGUUUUCUUUAAAAGUUGUAUUAACCACAUCACAAUACAGUUCAGAAAAGGCAGACACAGGGCAAACAAUUGCAAAAGUGGGAAAGAAAUAGAAACAGUGAUGUGUAAAAUUUAGUACAGAUGUAUUCACACCAACAAUUUUUUUGCUUUUACUGUAUGCAAUCAUUUUUUCAUUUGCACUACACUUUUCCUGUUUGCAUUCCAUUCCCCACAGUUUUCUCUCAUGCCUAUCUUUUGUCCUUUGAACAUCAUUGUUGAUGUAUAAAAAAGAGGUGCACGAAUGUGCCUUUUUUCCUGCCAAAAAUAGCAGGUUUUCUUUAAGGAAAAAAAAAAUCCUUUAAGUUGCAACUGUGUCUUUCUUUUCUAGUAAUAUUACUCGUUUGCUUGUUUUGUGACUUUAACCCCUUAAGGACCAAACUUCUGGAAUAAAAGGGAAUCAUGACAUGUCACACGUCGUGUCCUUAAGGGGUUAAUUAAUUCUAUCAGGAAAAUAAAGGAGAAAAAGAUUCAAAGACGGAAUAAAAUGUGGCAUAAAGUCAGAUUAUUUUGUUGAAAUAGAGUAAAGGCAGAAAAUAAAGUCCCUGAUGUAUAAAGGAGGAGUAACAAAGGAAAAUGGCGUGUUCACAGAAAACUGACAAAGAAGUAAAAGGAAAUUAGACAAUUUUAUAAAUAACCCCAUUAUUUCACUUUAAUUCUUCUCUGUUUUUCGUCUAUGCUGAAUAUCAGAGGCUAAGGGCAGGGCUUUUGACAAUAAUUGGGAAGGAGUGUGAAUUUAAUGUUCAUUUUAACACAUCACAACUCCAUAUUUGUUAAAUAUACAGAAAACUAAUAUAAUAUUAAAAAUCUUUGGAAGUGACAAUUGCCGUUAACAUUUUUGCUCUAUAAUAAUUUUAUGCCAUUUUUCAGAAACUUGUGAUGCUCCCCCAGAGGUUCCAAAUGGAAAGCUUAAAACCAAACAACAAGCAAGUUAUGAUUCUGGUUUCUCUGUGGAGUUUGAAUGCAAUGCAAAUUUUGUAAUCAGCGGGACCAAAUAUGUUAAAUGUGAGAAGGGACAAUGGUCUGAUCCCCCUCAAUGUACUCGUAAGUAUAAUUAAAAAAAAAAAAAUAUAUAUAUAUAUAUAUAUAUAUUUUUUAGGAAUAUAUAAUAUAGGAAACAUACUAUAUUAUCACAAAAUCAGCAUAUUUUUUUUUUGUCUAUUAAACAGAGGGAUGCAGAGUUUCUAUAGGAGACCUCGAUAAAAAUAAUGUUGUGUUAUACUUUUCGGAUGAUCUGAAGAGUGUCCAUAUGGAAGGCUCGGAAGUAAGACUUAGGUGUAAACCAGGAUUCCGUCGAUCAUUUCAUGCAUCUCUUACAGCUGAAUGUAAUAAUGGAAAAAUGAGAUAUGAAAGAUGCUUUUCUAAACGUGAGUACAAAGUAAUAUGGUCUUUUUCAAACAUACAUAAUGUUUAUGUUAUGUUUCCCACCCUAAAGGAAGUGGCCAUGUUCUCAGGCAAAAAUGUAUGCCAUUUAUGUCCCUAUCUAUCCCCCUCUGCAAAGAUGCAUAGAGCUAUAAUAAUUUCAGAGUCAUAGCACUGAGCAUGAAUGGAAGCAUUAUUUCUUUAAGGGAUUCUAUAGUGUUAGCAAUGAAAAGCUGUAUUAAUAACAGCAUAGUGCCUGUGGCGCCCUCUCACCCCCUCCUAUGUACUCCCUUCCCAUGCCCAUAAAGGGUUAAAGACACUUUAUUACUCACCCAAUUGCUGCACCGAUGUCCCUGUGCUCUGGUUCGGUGCUCCACGUCAUCUGAAGUGGAGACCUAAUGCGCAUGUGCGGCAAGCUCUGCAAGCAAAUAAGGCCAUCCCCAUAGGAAAGCAUUGCUCAUGAAAUACCUCUUCAGAAUGAUCUCCAUAUAUAAAUUGCUAGCUCUGCUUAAUUUCUUAUGUCUGUCUUAAAUAGUCUCCAAUUUAUGGGGCAAUGCAAUAACACUUGUAGUUUCAAUGAAGUUACCCUUUUUUCCCAACCACAUGCUCACAAAUUUAACCCCUUAAUGUACUUCUUACUUUUGCCUUUAUUCCAGUAAAACAAUGGAUCAGGGCUUUAUACAGUCUUUCUGCUUCUCUGCAGAAUAACUGUAAUUAGCCUCCUUUCUCCCAUAUUGUACAUCACACUACAGGUCUGCAUUCUCAAAUAUUUUUAAAAAGGGGUUCCAUAUAAUUUCUACAUUAUGUUACUAAUAUUACUAACACUAAUAUCAUUCGUCAUUCAAAGAUUAAAAAAAUAAAUCAUAAAAAUGUUGCAUGUUUAGAUAAUUUUCAGGUAUCCUUAAUGAACAAUCAAACCCUGAGGAGCCAAGCAAGCCCUAGGCAGAACAGGGACAUGUGAGUGUGAGGGGAGUCUAUACAGAGAAAUGUGGUAAAGUGGUCUUGGGAUGUGGGUGGAGUAAUAUGGGGGUAGAUGAGUGGGCUAGUAUAAAUAAGCUGCCAUCUUACAGGAUAGCAGCCAUCUUAAUUAUCAGUUGGGAACAGUUUGGUCAUUCCUGGUUGUUUCUCUCGUUAUACCUGCUUUCCAAGUGCUGUUUGCAGCCAGGCUCAGGGCUGAGGCCUUACAAGAUGGGGGUCUGCGCCUGCAUGCUCAGCUGGUUUAUCAUCAGGCCUCCGUGACAGUCUCCGCCUCCCCUCCUGGCAGUAGUAGAGGUCCCCAGAGGUGAGCUCACCCACCGGAACAUUUCGCCCCUCAAGGGGAAACUAUGGGCCCUCCUAAGCUCAGGAGUGCAGGCCUGGCCCUGCCGCCACGAGGCUUUCUUCACCUACCUUGCCGGUUUCUUUCACUACACAGGCAGCAGAGCACCUGCUUAUCAUCCCCGUCUCUAGCCCUGCGCAGCAGGAGCCGCAGACCUCCUUCCCGGCCCCACUGGUCCACGGCUAUGUGGACUGAUGGUGCUCUGGCGCAAGCAGAAUCUCCUUCCGCUGCAGCUGAGGGUUUCCUGGCAGCCUUGUUUUUAUCGUUGGACCCACCAUGUGGGUCCCGCAGCCCAAGCGGGCAGAGUGGUGGACAGGCCUCCAGGCGGUGAGUAGGCUUAAGGGUGUCUCCUGGGGGGCAGAGGUCUCCCCUCCUGAAGUGGAGAUGGUGGCUGGGAGUUGUGUGAGGUGGCUGUUUCCUACCCCUUCCCUCUGGUGGUUAUGGCUCCACUACUCCAAUCGACUCCCACGCCCUCUGGUGAGUCCUUUUCUGCAUUGGUAGUCAGUCGGGCGGGGUGUGUGGGUAGCCCAGUCGGUUCUGGGGCUUGUGGUUCACUGAUGGGUUGUCUGAGGGGGCGUUUGAAUAACUGGGAACAUAGUUCAGAGGCCCUUUCUUUGGAAGUGCAGGUUAGGGUGGGGUGGGACCAUUCUCCAGUUACUUCUCUUGGUUCUUCGGGAUCCAGCUUGCCCCGGACAAGACAGUGGGUCCUUCCACUUGUCUGAGCUUCUUGGGGAUUGAAAUUGAUUCGGUUGCUGGGGAAUGUCGUUUGCUGGAGGUUGAGGAUUUGUACCUGUGCUUAUUGGUCUCUGCCGCUGGGUCCCUCAGGAAGAUUGAAGAAUAAAGACAUGUAGAUUCCUACAUUUCAUUUUAAUUUUCACAAAUACAUUUUGUAUUAAAUGUAGGGAUAGGUAAACACAAUAUUACAAAUGCUGGGAAGUGACAGUUGCCCUUUAAUAAUAUAAAUUUCCAACUUGUGCAUGUCAGGCUUUUUUGAAAAUUGCUCUUUUUUAUAUUGUAGCAACCUGUCGUCUAAACCAAGACAUGCUUGAUAUGAAUAACAUGGAACUGGAUCCUGUACAUGGAAAUGAAAUUUAUUACGAGGAGGGUGAAAAUGUUAAGUUCAGAUGCAAAGAGGGUUUUUCUAGUAAGGAAAUAACUGGAAGAUGUUCAAACAGAGUUCUCAGCUAUCCAAUAUGUGAGGAACUCAGUAAGUAACAACUGUAUGUAUAAGUACACAUGUAGAACAUGUGAGUGUGUGUGUUGAAAAGUGAAAUGAUUGCUUCAUCAUAUUUUCAUUGAACAUUCAUUUUUGUUAGAGGAAUACUCUAAGUACCAAAACGACUUUAGCUUAAUGAAGCAAUUUUAGGACAUCUAGUAUGCUCCUGCAAUCUCACUGUUCAAUUCUCUGCGACUUAGGUGUUAAAUCACUUUGUAUAUGCAGCCUUAGCCACACAUCCCUUAACUUUGACUCACACAGCCUCAAUGAAAAAAACAAAAAAAAUUAAUCUUGAAACUGAUCUUACAGCACCGCAUGUUUACUUUAGAAGUUAUCUGACAUCUUCUGUUAGUUGUUCUAUAAUCAAUAGACUUAGAGAUUAAUUUUAGAUUGCAAUGUGUGCUAUUUUGAUAUAAUUGUAUACUAUAUAUUUAAUAAAAUAUUUCCUAUGUUGGUUACUUUUUCCUCAGUUGAUCUGUGAACCAAAUGGUAGUAAAAUGCUCCUAUCAGUGCACUGCAAAAUACAUACAUAAUAGUAUAGAAAUGUAUAUAUUUUUUAGCACACAAAUUGGCCCAGUUUAACCUUUUUGGUUUGUUUUCCUGAUUUAAUACCCAAAUUGACAUUCAAUCAAGAUGAACUGACAUUCAAACUAAUUUUGGGUGUCCAGAAAAAAUGUUCUGUCUUCGAAAAUGGUUGAGCAAAACUGAAAAUUUUCUCUGUGCACAAGUUUAGUUAUCAUGCACGUUAGGUUGCUUCAGACUGUAGCAAACAAUUAACAGAAUAGGAGACAUUCUAACAUAGUUAUUUACCAAAGUGAGAUUUCAGAGUGAAUACAAAGUAAAUGUCAAAUUUAAGACCAGAGUAGCUGAAUUGAAAGCAUUGCUAAAUCAGUAUUUUAUUUCUUUUGCAGUUUUGCUAUUUUGACCUUAAGAAUUCACUUUGAAUUCUCCUUUUUGUACAAUAAGGGGAAGUUUAAAAACGAGACAGAUUUUUCAGGAAGUGUGUAGAAAGGUUGUGAGAGUCACAGUCAGGGGUGUGGCCUCAGUCUAUCCACAUAAAGUUAAGGAUGAAUAAAAUAAGCAUGUGGUCCAUAGGACCCUCAUAGACCUGAGCGGAAACAGAAAACACCGGGCUUCACCCUUAUGCACUAUGGGUGGGUUUAUUAAAAAUAAGAUUAAAAUGGAGUAACACACACCCCUUAUGAACUGAUUGGAGAAUGAACUCCAUGCUCAUUAUAUAUUAUCUUAAUUUGUGUCAGCAGCAGCUUAUCGAAUAAUUUCACCGUAGGUGUCAAUGUCACAGUUCUUUCAUAUGAUUCAUAGGAUUAUGCUUGUUAUGAUUAUUAUUAUAUUAUUAUAACCGUGUUUAUUACCACUCUGCUUUCUUUUUAUAAAGGAUCAGAAUGAUGAGAAAACAACCAACAAGAUAGAUAUGUGAUAAAUAUGUUUUAAAGCCUGUGUGGUAUUCUCUUCUAAGAGAGAUUUAAGCUCCAACGGAUAUCUAUAUUUGUGAAAUGGUAAAUGUUUAAGAAUGAAAUCAAUUUAGUUACAAAAUACAUUAAGUGCAAGUAUGUUUAUUCUAUAUUCUAUGUCUUAGAUGUUUCCUUUAAUUGUCAGGUUAUUCUAUAAAAUAUCUAAUUAAAAUGAUUAUUGCAAGUCAAAAAAUCUGCUUAUUCUUAACAAAAUUAUGCAAUUCCAAAUAACUUGACUCCUAACACAUCAUAAUUUAAUGAUAUGGUGUUCAGUAAUAACUAAAGCUCAAUUUAAGAUUUUGGUGCUUGCUUACAAGUCCCUACAUAAAGCUGCUCAAACCUACCUAUCCUCCCUAAUACACAAGUAUGACCCGUUGAAGCCCCUGUGUUCUGUUGAAGACAUACUCAACUUGACAAAGGCUCUUCAGCCGAAACGUUGGGGGUUUUUUGAUUGACUCUGUCCCUACUUCUCACUGAAUUUGGUAUGGUUUGCUGCAUUUUUUUAUAUGUCUGGGUUUUCAUUAUACUAGUAUUAUAGUGGACUGUUUGCAUGAUAUUUCUUUCAUUCAUUUAUUACGCAUUGAGCUUUUAUAUUUGCUUAUAUCAUUGCUUUUCUGGUCAAUGCUUUUGAAUAGCAUGACUUUGUACCUCUGUGGAUAAUAUUUAAAGAGACAGUCCUAUAGUAUAUACCCAUUUAAUAAAGAUUUUUUCAUAUAUAUAAAGAUUUAUGGUUGUGCUCCUUACUCUAUUCACAAUGUUAUGUAUUUUGGGUUCUUUAGGGGAUAGAGCCUCAUGUGGGUGAGCACCCAGUAUUCAUUAUAUUAGCCUUUUCCUGGGGCUAUUUUGUUGUUUAGUCGAGUGUGCCCACCUUGUUUCAUUUGCAUUAUCUGUUGAAGACAUACGUCUAUCCUCUGUCCGUACUCCCACAUCUGAUGCUCGCCUCCAAGACUUCUCAGGGCUGCACCUUUUCUGUGGAACUCCCUUCCCUUCUCCACUAGACCUUUACCUAGUCUCCACUCCUUCAAAAAAAUCUUUGAAAACACACUUCUUCAGGAAAGCAUAUCAUUUAAACUGUUAGCGGGUUUUCAUUCAUUUCCCCUCCGCCCCCCCUCCCCCCCCCACCACCACCACCACCACCAAUUAUACAGCACUAUGGAAUUUGCUGGCACUACAUAAAUAAUAAUAAUAAUAAUAUUGAUUUUAGUAUAACAUUUAUUUUUACAUCUUCUCCUCCCAUAACUAUACAGUGACAGUAAAAAAAAAAUUGUUUCUUUUUCUCUUCUUUUAAGAGAUUACUGGAAAAUAACUUAAUUAUUUAUUUACCACCUUUGAAUAGGUUGGACUUUGUUAAUUAGAGAAACUACAGAUUGUUGUCUUGUAAAACCAAUUAUUCACAUUGCUAGUAUCUACCUUUUGAAUUUGGUUUAUUAUGAAUUUCUAGUUGUCACUUUUUAGGACACAAUACUAAUAAAGGUUGAAUUUUAGAUUUUACCACAUCAUUCAUUGUACUUUUUUGUUUUAAAAAGGGCUAGAAACCCUCGGUCUAGUGGUUGACCAACAAUGACAUCUUUAGGUAUCUUUGUGAGAAUUAUGUAUAGAUGACACCGAAAAAAAAAAGCGUUAAUAAGGUUAACAAGUGAGAUGGUAUAAGGAGAAAGCAAAUUAACGGCCAAUAACAGAAUCUCUGGAUACUCCAACUGAGACGGAUAGUAGGUAAGCGGUGAUGUCAGAAAAAAAAAUGCCAAAUGAGCAUUGUGAGAGACAGGAAGAGAACAGGUAAAGGACUUUGUUGAAAAGGCCAAGGGUUUUGAAGAAAAACUGGGUGGCCAAUAGUGUCAAGUAGCAGUAGAACCAAAAAGGAGAAUUAAAAGUGUGUAACUGCCUUUUGGAUUUAGCAGUUAUUAAAUAAUUAGUCAAUGUCGUAAGGACUAUUUUAGCGAAGACAGGAGAAAUCCUAUUGAAGAGGGUUUUGGAAUUGAGAAAGUGAGUUACAUGGAUGUAUGCAAGCUGUUUUAUAAAUGUAAAAAAGAUUGUAGGAAUAUGGGAUCUUACAGAGUCUGUGAAAUGAUCAUGUAGACUUCAACAGAAAUUUCAAAGCAAUCAAAAUAAAUCAAAUCAAAAUAAAGUAAGGGCUGGUUUAUAAAUCCCAAGUAAGAGCCAAUUUUGGAAAAAGUUGAAAAAGGUAGAUAUUUUGUCUCAAUAUCCUGCCAUUUCCCAUCCAUUAUGACUUCUGUAGACAAUAUAACUGAUAACUGACUUUAAUUUUUUUUCAGUGGUUAAAAAUGUUUUUUUAUUCACCAAAUAUAUGAGCUUUGUUGUCAUCCUUGAAAAGGAAAACUACAUCAUCUUGGAAUACUGUUCCAGUUUCACAAAUUGUGUUCAGUCUUCAGUCUCCUAGAAAAUAUGAAAUAUAAAAUCAG